AUGGCUCAAAGACAGAUAGAAGAUCGGGUAGAAGGUACUGAAAAGGAAAUUAUGAGUCUGAAGGAGAUGAUGCUGGAAAUGAAGAAAUCGAUGGAUCGAAUGACAGGCGAGCUAAGAGAAAACCAUGGUGCUAAGAAAAAAGAAGAAGCAGGGACUACGGACGACAUCAGGUUGAAACUGAAGGGAAAACUGGAAGAGGCCGGAACCACAGUCGAGUCGGGUGGAAGCAGCGCAGACCGAAGUAAGUACAAAAAAUUAGAAAUGCCACUGUUUACAGGGGUGAACCCUGAAUCCUGGGCGUACCGAGCAGAACAUUUUUUUGAUAUAAAUGACUUACCGGAAGCUGAGAAGGUCAAAGUAGCAGUCGUGAGUUUUGGACAGGAAGAGGUAGACUGGUUUAGAUGGAGUAAUCGUAGAAAGAGGGUGGAAUCUUGGGAGGACUUGAAGGAAAGGAUGUUUGAUUUCUUUAAUGAUACAGGACAGCAGAGCUUGGGGGCAAGAUUAAUCCGUAUUAAGCAAGAAGUCUCAUACAGCGAGUACGUUAAGAAGUUUGUUACAUACUCAGCCCCCCUCCCGGACAUGGCAGAAAGUGUUCUGCUGGAUGCGUUUUUAACGGGUCUGGAACCCUCACUGCAAGCGGAAGUAAUCAGCAGACACCCUCAAACUUUAGAGGAAUGUAUGAAGGAAGCUCAGCUGGCGAAUGAUAGGAAUAUAGCAUUAAAACUGGCGAUGGAAGAGUUGGAUAUAGUUGAGCCCAAAAGGAAUGAGAACAGCAGCAAAUUUCAAGGAAAAAAUGAGAAGACAGAAAGUAAAAAGACAGAGUUUGUGAUGAAGCAGGUAACUAUUCCAUUGAAAAAUGAUUACCAGAAAAAAGAUCUCCCAAUUAAACGGCUGUCGGAUACGGAAUUUAGAGCAAGGCUGGAUAAGGGGCUUUGUUUCAGAUGUAAUGAAAAGUACGCCCCAGGCCAUCGAUGUAAAGGGAGAGAAAAAAGAGAGUUGAUGCUCCUUAUACUAAAUGAGGAAGAAGACCACAAAAGGGAAGAGGAUACAGAGGAUGAGGCAAGCGAAGUAAUAGAACUGAAUCAUCUGGAAUUGAAUAUGGAUAACCCUAUUGAAUUGAGGUUGAUCACGGGAGUUACAUCAAAGGGGACGAUGAAAUUAAAAGGACAUCUGAGCAUCGAUCCGGGAACUCGUUUUGGAGUUACCAUUGGGAAUGACAACCAAUGUGAAGGAAGUGGGAUUUGCAAGAGGGUGAAGGUGAAGUUAAAAGAGUUAACAAUCGUAGCAGAUUUCCUAGCGGUAGAGUUAGGAACGGUAGACUUGGUGCUUGGGAUGCAAUGGCUAGAUUCGACAGGAACCAUGAAGGUUCACUGGCCAUCCCUAACCAUGACGUUUUGGAUGAAGGGUAGAAGAAUAAUCCUAAAAGGUGACCCUUCUCUAACGAAGUCAGAAUGUUCAUUGAGAACCUUAGAGAAAACGUGGCAAUCCGGGGACCAAGGAUUCCUCUUGGAAUUCCAAAACUAUGAAGUAAACUAUGAAGGAGAAUCGGAAACAGAAGCUGAAUUGAAGGGAAGGGAAGAAGGAUUACCCAUGGUUCAGCGAUUGCUCGAGCAAUAUGCAGAUGUCUUUAGGUUGCCCACGGGUUUACCGCCAAGGAGAGCCAUAGACCAUCGCAUUCUGACCGUGGCCGAUCAGAAACCAAUUAAUGUAAGACCAUAUAAGUAUGGCCAUGUACAAAAGGAAGAGAUUGAAAAAUUGGUGUUAGAAAUGUUACAAGCUGGGGUGAUUCGUCCAAGCCGCAGCCCAUAUUCGAGCCCGGUCCUCUUAGUGAAGAAUAAAGAUGGAGGGUGGAGAUUUUGUGUAGAUUACAGGAAACUCAAUCAAGUAACGGUGGCUGAUAAAUUUCCAAUUCCCGUGAUCGAAGAACUCUUAGAUGAACUUCAUGGUGCGACAGCUUUCUCAAAGUUAGACCUUAAAUCUGGAUACCACCAGAUUAGGAUGAGGGAGGAAGAUGUGGAGAAAACAGCUUUCCACACGCAUGAAGGACAUUAUGAGUUCUUGGUGAUGCCUUUCGGCCUUACGAAUGCUCCUGCCACCUUCCAAUCUCUCAUGAACGAGGUGUUCAAACCAUUCCUUCGAAGGUGUGUCCUGGUUUUUUUUUAUGACAUUCUAGUUUAUAGUGUGGACAUAGAUGAACACAUGAAACAUUUAGGAAUGGUUUUUGCUAUCUUGAGGGACCAUGAAUUGUUUGCAAAUAGGUCUAAAUGUGUCAUUGCUCAUUCCCAAGUUCAAUAUUUGGGUCAUCUGAUUUCCAGCAGAGGAGUGGAGGCUGAUGAGGACAAGAUUCGCAGUAUGGUAAAUUGGCCACGGCCGAAAGAUAUAACUGGGCUGAGGGGAUUCCUUGGACUGACUGGGUAUUAUAGAAGAUUUGUGAAAAGCUAUGGAGAAAUAGCUGCACCCUUAACCAAAUUACUUCAGAAAAAUGCAUUCCAUUGGAAUGAGGAAGCUACAAUAGCGUUUGACCAGCUGAAGCUAGCAAUGACAACCUUACCGGUAUUAGCAUUGCCGGAUUGGUCUCAGCCCUUCACAAUCGAAACUGAUGCUUCAGGAGUAGGUUUAGGUGCAGUUUUAUCACAAGAUGGUCAUCCCAUCGCAUUCUUCAGCCAGAAACUGUCCCCAAGGGCCCAGGGUAAGUCGAUCUAUGAAAGGGAAUUGAUGGCGGGGUUGUCCUUUCGGUGCAAAAAUGGAGACAUUAUCUCCUGGGCAGAAAGUUCACAAUUGUUUCAGAUCAGAAGGCUCUGA